CCAGAACUUGUGCAAUUGCAUCUGUUCUGCCACUGCAAGGCGGAUGUCAUUGUGGUUACAUCGAAAAUCCACCACGUUCUGCAAAAAAUAUCACUGGGGUCACAAAGCCUCCUUGAUGGGUUUGACAUGUUGCCUUGUCCUCCCCACCCCAACCCCCAUGGUGCUCUGUACAAAGGGGCUGCCACCCCACUGGCUGACACUUUUCUGAGCUGCAGGGCUAGAAGGCCCCCAAGCUGAUUUCCGUGAGACUAAGAUGGAACUAGUCUAUUUUAAAGCAGUACACCCCCAAAUCUGGCCAUCAUCACACUCAGGGUCCUGAUUCCCAAGAUCCAAAUAGGUGGAGGUUGACUCUGGCCCCCUCAAUGCUUCCACCACUGGGCAAGUGCAGUUUCGUGUCUAGCCAUCUUCCUUACCACCCUGUUGAUUGUAGCCUUUGGCCAGCAGGGCCAUUUGACACUCCUGAUACAGUGCUGGUGGUGCUGAGCAAAAUGGCAAACUACCAUCUACAGCAAGAAUUGAUGUGUUGGUGGCCUGUCUGGACUUGAUUGCUUCCUUAUCUCCCUCAUUCAUGUGAGUUGAGGGACAGCACUGUGUCUACACAGCGAGGGACCCUCAUACCAUGCACACACACACACAUGCAUACAUCGAUAGGCCAGUUAUAACCAUCAUUGUAAAGGUGUUUUCUUCCCCAACUCCCUCAUCUCCCAUUUGAAAAAGCUGCAGGUACUGGUGCAAGCCCUCAGUGAUACAGAUACAUUAUAUCUACCACAGCCUUGCUAGUGUUGCAAUAAUGAGAAAUCGCCUAAAUGUCCACUAACAGCAGAAUUAAAUUAUGGAACACCCAUAUAUAAUGCACCCAUUUAUAAGAAUGGGGUGGAUCUUCAUCUGCUGAAUGCUCUCCUUCUACUGUGAAACAAGAUAGGUUGCAAAAAAAUAUUUAUCUCAUACAAUCCCAUGUGUCUAAGAUGAUGUAUAAACAUCUGUUUAUGUACAGAUAAUAUCUGAGGGACACAUUCAACUGUAACAGUGGUUUUCUGUGGGGAGCAGGUGACAGUGAGGAGAGUUGAGACAGGGAACUUUGUGUUUGUUUUCGUACAAGAAUAUAUUGCACUGUUGUCACUUAAAAGACAUUUUUAAAAAUUUCUGAAUAUAAAAUGUUACAUGUUCCAUGCUAGAAUAAGCAUCUUGGAUGCUUUGAGGGAGCUGGAAGGAGGUACUGAAAUCAAAAUAAUUUAAAAAAAAAAAAAAAAGCCCAUCCAGGCCCUGAUACGGUGGCUCACACCUGCAAUCUCAACACUUUGGAGGCCAAGGCGGGGCAGAGCGCCUGACCUCGGGCAUUGGAGACCAGCCUGGGCAACAUGGUGAAACCCCAUCUCUACCAAAAAUACAAAAAAUUAGCCGGGCAUGGUGGUGUACUCCUGUGGUCCCAGCUACUUGGGAGGCUGAGGUGGAAGGAUCACUUGAGCCUGGGAGGUAGAGGCUGCAGUGAGCUGAGGUGGUGCCACUGCACUCCAGCCUGGGCAACACAGCCAGACCCCAUCUCAAAAAAAAAAUAGCAACAACGACAAAGAACCCAUCCAACACUUAAGUUUGUACUUCACAAGGACAAGGAGAAUGCAGUUCAACAAGCACAGCUCAGCCCAUGCUGUGUUUCUGGGGAUGGAGGACACAUCAUGAAGUCUCCGCAUGGUCCUCGCCCAGCAGAACUAAUGGGUGGGGCAGACACGUGGAACACAGAAUGCCAGGUGUCUUGUCUCUAGGAUCAAGCAGUAGCAAUGUGAGGUGCAGCCACUAUGGGAUUCAAAGUGGAAAGACUCAGAAACCCUGAAGAAAUGGGAAGAGGGCAUGCCACUGGAGCUGGAAGGUUUCAGGACAGCAACAGGCAAAAAGGAAAGAUGAGCCUGUAGUCCCAGCUACUCAGGGGGCUGGGGCGGGAGGAUCACUGGAGCUCAGGAGUCCCAAGGCCAGCCUGAGCAAAACAGCGAGACUCCAGUCUUUUUUAUUUUAUUUUAUUUUUUAAAGAAACAAAAAGGAAGGGGACACACGUGUUAGGGACAGAAAAGAGAAAACCGCCUCUACCCAAGCAUUCACCCACGUCACCCACACCUCCCUGCAGAGCACCCAGAGCUGGGGGUGAAAGAAAUGAGGUCCAAAUGAGACAGCACAGGAGCUGCCUCCGGGGCUUAAACAGACCAGCAUUCCAGGCGGAGGGACCGCAAGUGCAAGGGCGUGAAAGCACAGAGCGCAGGGGUUGAGUGACUUCAAGCCUGUGAAGCUGCAGCUGCAGUUGCAGCUGCAGGUGUAUGGGAAAGGCAGGGCAGGGGGCUGUGCGGAGGCUGGGAGGAGCCAGCACCCAAGGGCUGGUCAACCAAGCUGGGGGUUGAAUUUCCAUCCAGCAAUGCAGGCCAUGGGAGGCUGCGGCAGUGACGCUGUCAGAUCCCCUUUGUGAGAAUAAUAAUUUUUAUAACAACGUGGCUGGAGGACUGAUCAGGAGAGAGACUGGUGUGAAGGCUGUUGCAAUGGCUCCAAGAAGAGAUGAGGCUGUGUGUUUUCAGCUGCCCCCAGUUGCCUGGCCAGGCUGCCUCGACGGCCCUAUUCACGGGCCCCAGCCUCCUCGCCGGGCUGGAAGGCGACAACCGCGAAAAGGAGGGUGACUCUCCUCGGCGGGGGCUUCGGGUGACAUCACAUCCUCCAAAUGCGAAAUCAGGCUCCGGGCCGGCCGAAGGGCGCAACUUCCCCCCCUCGGCGCCCCACCGGCUCCCGCGCGCCUCCCCUCGCGCCCGAGCUUCGAGCCAAGCAGCGUCCUGGGGAGCGCGUCAUGGCCUUACCCGUGACCGCCUUGCUCCUGCCGCUGGCCUUGCUGCUCCACGCCGCCAGGCCGAGCCAGUUCCGGGUGUCGCCGCUGGAUCGGACCUGGAACCUGGGCGAGACGGUGGAGCUGAAGUGCCAGGUGCUGCUGUCCAACCCGACGUCGGGCUGCUCGUGGCUCUUCCAGCCGCGCGGCGCCGCCGCCAGUCCCACCUUCCUCCUAUACCUCUCCCAAAACAAGCCCAAGGCGGCCGAGGGGCUGGACACCCAGCGGUUCUCGGGCAAGAGGUUGGGGGACACCUUCGUCCUCACCCUGAGCGACUUCCGCCGAGAGAACGAGGGCUACUAUUUCUGCUCGGCCCUGAGCAACUCCAUCAUGUACUUCAGCCACUUCGUGCCGGUCUUCCUGCCAGCGAAGCCCACCACGACGCCAGCGCCGCGACCACCAACACCGGCGCCCACCAUCGCGUCGCAGCCCCUGUCCCUGCGCCCAGAGGCGUGCCGGCCAGCGGCGGGGGGCGCAGGGAACCGAAGACGUGUUUGCAAAUGUCCCCGGCCUGUGGUCAAAUCGGGAGACAAGCCCAGCCUUUCGGAGAGAUACGUCUAACCCUGUGCAACAGCCACUACAUUACUUCAAACUGAGAUCCUUCCUUUUGAGGGAGCAAGUCCUUCCCUUUCAUUUUUUCCAGUCUUCCUCCCUAUGUAUUCAUUCUCAUGAUUAUUAUUUUAGUGGGGGCGGGGCGGGAAAGAUUACUUUUUCUUUAUGUGUUUGACGGGAAACAAAACUAGGUAAAAUCUACAGUACACCACAAGGGUCACAAUACUGUUGUGCGCACAUCGGGGUAGGGUGUGGAAAGGGGCAGGCCAGAGCUACCCGCAGAGUUCUCAGAAUCAUGCUGAGAGAGCUGGAGGCACCCAUGCCAUCUCAACCUCUUCCCCGCCCAUUUUACAAAGGGGGAGGCUAAAGCCCAGAGACAGCUUGAUCAAAGGCACACAGCAAGUCAGGGUUGGAGCAGUAGCUGGAGGGACCUUGUCUCCCAGCUCAGGGCUCUUUCCUCCACACCAUUCAGGUCUUUCUUUCCGAGGCCCCUGUCUCAGGGUGAGGUGCUUGAGUCUCCAACUGCAAGGCAACAAGUACUUCUUGAUACCUGGGAUACUGUGCCCAGAGCCUCGAGGAGGUAAUGAAUUAAAGAAGAGAACUGCCUUUGGCAGAGUUCUAUAAUGUAAACAAUAUCAGACUUUUUUUUUUUAUAAUCAAGCCUAAAAUUGUAUAGACCUAAAAUAAAAUGAAGGGGUGAGCUUAACCCUGGAAAAUGAAUCCCUCUAUCUCUAAAGAAAAUCUCUGUGAAACCCCUACGUGGAGGCGGAAUUGCUCUCCCAGCCCUUGCAUUGCAGAGGGGCCCAUGAAAGAGGACAGGCUACCCCUUUACAAAUAGAAUUUGAUCAUCAGUGAGGUUAAACUAAGGCCCUCUUGAAUCUCUGAAUUUGAGAUACAAACAUGUUCCUGGGAUCACUGAUGACUUUUUAUACUUUGUAAAGACAAUUGUUGGAGAGCCCCUCGCACAGCCCUGGCCUCUGCUCAACUAGCAGAUACAGGAAUGAGGCAGACCUGACUCUCUUAAGGAGGCUGAGAGCCCAAACUGCUGUCCCAAACAUGCACUUCCUUGCUUAAGGUAUGGUACAAGCAAUGCCUGCGCAUUGGAGAGAAAAAACUUAAGUAGAUAAGGAAAUAAGAACCACUCAUAUUUCUUCACCUGAGGAAUAAUCUCCUGUUAAUAUGGUGUACAUUCUUCCUGAUUAUUUUCUACACAUACAUGUAAAAUAUGUCUUUCUUUUUUAAAUAGGGUUGUACUAUGCUGUUAUGAGUGGCUUUAAUGAAUAAACAUUUGUAGCAUCCUC